CUAUCCUCCCAAGUCCCAACUAGAGGGAGAAGAGAGAGACGAGAGUGGAGUAGAAAGGAAGCCAUUCCCCUUCCCACUCACUCCUUCUCUCUCUCUCCCUCCCUCUUCCUUUUCAACAACCCGCACCCCCAAACUUCUUCGUCUCUUCCCCAUCCAUCUAAGAGAGGAGGGAAGAAGCAUAUGCUUUUGAAGCUCCUUAAUCCUCUCAUCGUCAGAUCUCUUCCCUCUAUAAAGCUCCAGAUUGAUUCCUUCUCAGUUCCAGCCGCCAUGCCCGACUCCUCCUUUCUCAAGCUCUCCCUCUUCGUCUCCGGCGACCCCGCCGACCCUCCGGCCGCCCGCUCCCCCCGGAGCUUCGCCGACGGGGCCGUCGGCCUCGGCAUCGUCGCCGCCCUCAGCGGCGGUGGCGACGUUGGAGGCCGCGGGAGGUCCGCGGCGCUGAGACGGUCGGAACCGAUCCCGAUCGCCCCGACGAGGGCCUUUGCGGCUGCCCGAUCGCCGGAGCCGGACGAGACGGAGCUCUCCGAGAGCUAUACGUGUGUGAUCUCGCACGUCAGAGGCAACUCCGUCAGGAAGAGGGUGUACUUCGGCGACGGCUCCGAGGUCGUCACUGGGGCCGUCCACAGGGGUCGUGCGGUGCUCUUCGAGAUGCCGCCGCCUCCGGAGCCGGCGAUGCCGUUCGCGGCAAUCGGUUUCUUGAGCCGCUGCUAUUUGUGUAAGAAGAAGCUUGAGGGGAUCGAUGUCUACAUGUACCGAAUUCAUGGUUUUGUUGGGAAGAGACCUUUAAGGUUGCUAUCAUCAGGGCUGAUUAGUCUGCAAGACAACAUAGUUUCUUCUUGCUUGCCAGGAGACAAAGCCUUCUGUAGUGCGGAGUGCAGGUGCCAGCAGAUGCUGUUUGAUGAGCACAAGAACUGUGGCUCUGAAGUACUGAAGUCGUAUGAAUGCUCUGUGUCUCCCUGUUCUGGCCCUUUGCUCUUUGCAACUGGUGUGGCCGCAGCUUAAUCAUACAAAACUAAAGACCCAUAAGGAACAGGUAGAAAUGAUAGGAAAUAUGAGAAAGGUUACCAGAGUGAAUAAGCCAUAUAUGUAUAGCUACAGAGAGAACUGGAAAAGAUCUGAGAUAAUAUGCUUGUUCGAUCACAUCUUUUUAGGCAAAGCCCUGACGAGAAGGAAUGAAACAAAUAUGUGAUGUAUAAAUUCCAUGUAGCAGAGAAAACAUCAGAGGCUUUGGAGCUUCUGUGUACUGCAUCCGUUGGCAAAUUAUUAUAGUUAUCAAUAUCAUAUGUUAUAUACUCAAGCAAUAUGCUGCAUGAUUUUAUUAUUGUA